CCUUGUGAACUGUCAUGAUCUCCAGCACAUGUAAAUGAAUAAUCAGUCACUGGUUACCACUCUUUUAUGUGUCUGCAGGUGUAAUAUAUGCAGACAGAAUUGCUUUAAUACACGCUGAGAUUGGACAAUUCUCGGUGAAAUCGCAGAGUUUCAGACGCCGAGUUUCUGAUCAGGAAAAGCGGUAAAAAUGAAGGUGCUUUUGGGGGUGGUUUUGCUGAUUGCUGUCCUCACGGCCUACAUGUGGAGAGAUACGUUUGACCCAGGGUCCAUUCGAGGGGCCCGAGUGUUGAUCACAGGAGCCAGUUCAGGCAUCGGGGAGCAGAUGGCCUACCAUUAUGCAAAGUUUGGAGCUGAAAUCGUCAUCACUGCCAGACGAUUGGAUGCUUUAAAAAAGGUUGCCCAGAAUUGUGAGAAACUGGGUGCUAAGAAAAUGAUGUAUGUGACCGGAGACAUGUCUGACCCCUCUGACCCCGAGAGAGUCCUCAAAUACGUCGUGGAGAAAUUAGGCGGUCUGGAUUUUCUAGUGUUGAAUCAUGUUGGAAACACUAACGUGGGGCUGUGGAACAGAGAUGCCGAUCAUGUCAGGUCACUCAUGCAGGUGAAUUUUGUGAGUUACGUGCAGAUGGCGGGAGCAGCUUUACCUGUGCUGGAAACAUCCGGCGGCUCCAUCAUUGUAGUUUCCUCACUGGCAGGAAAGAUAGCGACUCCAUUUGUGACUCCGUACUCGUCUACUAAGUUUGCGAUGAAUGGGUUCUUCGGAGCGUUGCAGAAGGAAUUGGCCAUCCAGAAGAGCAAUGUGUCUGUGUCCAUCCAGAUCCUCGGCCUCAUCGACACAGAAUCAGCCCUGAGGAAGAUCAGAGGAUACACCACCAUGACGGCUUAUCCUGCCAGUGAAGCAGCUCUGAGCAUCAUCAAAGCCGGAGCGACCCGUCAGAAAGUGGCUUUUUACCCCUGGUUCCACUAUUUGACCUGCCUGAUCAAUGAUAUCUUCCCCUUUUUGACAGAUUUGCUGUCAGGCCUCAGGUGGGACUGAAAGGAUAAUGCAUGGGUUAAUUCAUUUCAGACAUCAUGAAUAUGGUUUCUUAUUAGUGCCUAAGAACAAAUGUAGAGAUGAGUGAAUGAACGCUAUACACACAUGCACAUGAGCUGUUUACAGGGUUCCCACGUUUUUUGAAAGUACUUGAAUUUCAGACAUGUGGAUUCAUAGACUGGAAAGUACUUAAAUGUGCUGUAUGCAAGUUUUAGACUGUUCAAAAUCAUAAAAAUACCAUAAUAUGUUUGCAGAUAUUUCAGAAACAUGCUAAGUGAACAUUCUUGUUUAUUUGAAAAACAAUGCUAAAGUCAGAUAUUCAGCAUUGAAAAUGUGUUUUCAGUGCUGGAACGCUGUCUUUGGGCAGGUUAAAAGAACCAAAACAAUGCCAGUUUAGCCAGUUAUAUUUCAGUACCUCGGGUUGCCUUGCUGGAAAACCGCUUAUUUCAUUCAUUCAUGCAGGAAGGCUCUCAAAUUAUGCAUCCGUGACCGAAAUGAGAUCUCUAGUGGACAGUAGCAGACUCCGAAAUGAGACGCGGAUUCAGAGUCCCACAUGAAAUCAUUAGUUAGCAAAUAAUAUAAAUAUUCCGAAUGUAAACAUUAGUGUCCUAACAACACGAUAUGUGAUGAGAUUUGCAGUAAGCAAUUUGGCUGUUUGCACCAGACGAAACACAACAGAAACAGCCAUUCAGAAGCACAGAACAUGCAAUCACUCACAAAAUGGUAAGGUUUAUAAGCUAUUUAAUACAUAUUAACCCUCUUUAACAUUAUUAAAUGUAGAUGCUGAAUCACUGAUAUGUGUCGUUUACUCACAGCUCUAAAGUUUAAUUUCAAUCGGUUUAUUUUAUUUUCAAGAUCUUAGGUGAACUAUUUGCUGCUGCUUUCAGUAGUAUGGCACUAAAUGUCAUGUAAAAUGGCGUUCAAACUCACAUUAUUAGCAUUUAACACUGAAUACAGCACAUGAGGUGUACCUGAAAUGAUCACUGUCAGUUUUCUGUUGUUCAACUGUGAGAAAUAGAAGCCGUUUCUAAUAUCAAUUCAAGGUGUUGGUUUGGACAAAAACUCCUGUUAAUACGGAAAAUAUUUCUUCUAUACGGUGCCGUUGCUUUUAUAUAGAACACGACUUAAAUCAGCCUUGUUGUUCCUCAAUCUGGCAACCUGCGCUUGCGUUUGUUUUGAUCCAGGAAUGCAAUAUUGAAAGCUAGUUCAGCCACUGAAUGUCAAACUUACAUACUGCACCUUUAAAAACAAACACAUGUCCGUGAAAAUGCUUGAAUAAAAUUUGAAAUAACA